AUGGUGAUACAAAGUUUUCGACUUGCUAUUUUACUUGGGCUAUUUACGUGUACAGCUUUAAAUAUUGGUUGGAGUUGGGCAGUGCUGGACAUUGUCCCCCAGUUACAGACAUACAAGUGCAACCAUGGCAACCAGACAGAUGUCUGUCAUAAUGAUAUUUCUUUAGAAAGCGCAGCUUUGAAUGGUGAAAUCUCAACAAUUCCUCUUACAACUGUGAUUAACCAGAGUUACCCGACCUUCAAAUGGGUGGCAAUGCUGGUAGAGUUAUUUAUAGUAGUUAGUAUUACAGUAUCAUAUCUUACAAUAGGAGCAGUGCUCCACCAUACAUUAAAUGGAUGGGUUAAUUCUUUCUGGACCAAAGAUUCUAUGGCAACAUACAGGGAUAAACUGAAAUCUCCAACAAAAUGUUCAUGUUGUACCUCACAAUGUAUGUGCAAUACAAUGCUAUCAUUCCUGGUAUUUGGUAUCGUGUUCUUUAUUGCAAUGAUGGAUCCGCAGGGCUUCCUAGAUAUGCUAGAAAAAUUUGCCUCUUUGACAAUUAACCUUGAGGUUGCACUCUUCAUCUUCUUGAUGUUUAUGAAGUCAAGGAAUAAGGAAAAUAGAAAUUUAAAGAUUCCACUUCCAAUGCCACCAUUCGUGUACUAUCUGGUGUAUAUCAUACCUGUAUAUUUUGGUUUUGCUGUGGGGUAUGAUAUUUAUAACACUAUACGAGACAUUGUUAUAGAACAGACUGGAUCCUCACAGGGCAAGGUCAUCACCCAGGGAAUUACUGGCAUAGCCAAAAAUAUCACUGGAGUGGUGAAAAACUCAACAGAACAUACGCUGAUUAACUCAACAUUGACUUCAUUAAUUAGUACAGAAUUAACAACAUUGUCUACUACUUCUCUAUUGCUUAAUGAUACAUUUGCUCAAAAUAUUUCGAGUACAGUGCCUUUAUUAUAGUAUUUGAUAUGGAAAUUGUUAAGGUGUAAGUUUACUGUUUGAUUUACUUUUUCCCAACUUUAAUUCUGUUUAAAGAUAGGACAGUACCAUUUCUAUUAUACAUCCUUUGAAAGAUUUCAUAUCUUUAUGUAUUAGAACUUCCUUAAACUUCCCAAAUAUCUUGAAUAACUUUGAUUACUUUUACAAAUACAACUUCGAUAGAGCACUUUCUAAUAUAUACUUUAGUAGUAUAUAUAGAGAGAAUAAACUUUAUGUAUACCACAGUUGGUAUUAAAGCAACAUUUCCAUUAAAAAUGGAAACAGUAGUAGUUGAUGUACUCUUGUACAAUAACAUGGAAACUCUCUCAAGAAAAAAACACUGUUAGAGAUUAAGUGGAUCAAACAGUAAGUUUGAGCUAUGUUAUGUUUGUGUCAGUUUAUGCACAUCAGUGCUUGUUAUGUGUAAUAUAGAUCUAUAUUUAACAGAGAACCUCGUUUUUGACUUUUUUAGCUCUCCUGAGCACGAAGUGCUCAAGGUGAGCUUUUGUGAUCGCCCUAUGUCCGUCGUCCGUCGUCAACAAUUUGACUGUUAACACUCCAGAGGUCACAAUUUUGGCCUAAUCUUAAUGAAACGUGGUCAGAAUGUUACCCUCAUCAAAAUCUUGGACGAGUUUGAUAUUGGGUCAUCUGGGGUCAAAAACUAGGUCACCAGGUCAAAUCAAAGGAAAAGCUUGUUAACACUCUAGAGGUCACAAUUUUGGCCCAAUCUUAAUGAAACUUGGCCAAAUUGUUACCCUUAAUAAAAUCUUAGACGAGUUUGAUAUUGGGUCAUCUGGGGUUAAAAACUAGGUCACCAAGACAAAUCAAACGAAAAGCUUGUUAACACACUAGAGGUCACAAUUUUGACCCAAUCUUAAUGAAACUUGGUCAGAAUGUUGCCCUCAAUAAAAUCUUUGAAAAAUUUGAUAUUGGGUUAUCUGGGUUUAAAAACUAGGUCACCAGGUCAAAUCAAAGGAAAAGCUUGUUAACACUGUAGAGGCCACAUGUAUGACUGUAUCUUCAUGAAACUUAGUCAGAAUGAUACACAUGAUGAUCUCAAAGUCCAGUUUGAAUCUGGGUUAUGUAGACUUAAAAAUUAGGUCAUCCGGUCAAAUCAAAGGAAAAGCUAGUUAACAAUCUAGAGGCCACAUUUAUGACCAUAUCUUAAUGAAACUUGGUCAAAAUGUUAAUCUUGAUGAUUUAUAGGUCCAGUUUAAAUCUGGGUUAGAUGAGAUUAAAAACUAGGUCACUGGGUCAAAUCAAAGGAAAAGCUUGUUAACACUCUAAAGGCCACGUUUAUGACUGUAUCUUCAUGUAACUUAGUCAGAAUGUUAAUCUUGAUGAUCUUUAGAUCAAGUUCGAAUCUGGGUCAUGUGGGAUCAAAAACUAGGUCACCGGGUCAAAUCAAAGAAAAAGCUUGUUAACACUAGAGGCCUCAUUUAUGACUGUAUCUUCAUGAAACGUAGUCAGAAUGUUAAUCUUGAUGAUCUUUAGGUCAAGUUCGAAUCUGAGUCAUACGGGGUCAAAAACUAGGUCACCAGUUCAAAUCAAAGGAAAAGUUAGUUAACACUUUAGAGGCCACAUUUAUGACCAUAUCUUAAUGAAACUAUCUUUAUGAUCUUGAUAGGUCAGGUGAGCGAUACAUGGCCUUCAUGGCCCUCUUGUUUUGGAUGCCUAUUAAUACUGUCUUUUCUUUUCUUUUCUGUUUUGUUAAAUGGUAUCUCCUUUAACACUUGUUUGAAUGAAAUGAAAUUUCACACAAUUAUUGACAUUGGUGAUCUGACAUUUAGUGCACAUGUUCCAUAAUUCUACUUUACUGUUUUAAUAGUCCUUUUCAUCGUCAUUUUUGAUUACUUUUUCUAUGUAAACUGUUGUUUGUGACUCCUAUUUAAGCUAAAACUUUGUCUCUUUAGUUUUCAUUUGUUCAUGUCAUUUUGUUCAUUUAUUUUGAACAGUGGAGAGUAGCUGUCAUCUGACAGCUCAUGUGUAAAUAAACAUUGAUUUGGUAAAUGGGGAAAAUAGGUUUUAGCCAAGAAAGCUACAUAGUCACAAAGGAAAGAAAUGCUCAAGAAAAUAACCAUGUUUACAUUGUGCAUUAUAGUAUAGACAUUAAAUUAAUCAUGACAGACUUCUACAUUCUAUAGUUAAAGGUAAUAAAAUUGAGUUUUGAGGUCAUUCUGAUAAACUUAAGCACCUGAUUGGCUGGUUUGAACUCAGUCUUGAAUUUGACAAGUGACAGUACAGCAUAAUUGGACUUGAUCUCCAAACGUAGUACUUAAGUAACUUUAAGUAUAGGAACCGGAUUUGCAGUAUUGGCUCAAGUAAUGCAAAAUUUUCGAAUCGUAUGAAUUUCACAUAUCUUGAAAGACAUGCUCAAGAAAAUAACCAUGUUCAGAUUGUGCAUAAUAGUAUAAACAUGUAAUUUAUUCUGAUUCUUAAUAUAUCUUGAAGGAAAUUUUUGUCUGGUAGAAUUGAUCAAUUUUGUCGGAACAAUAUUUUCUUGGACCAUUGAAAGUAGAAAUCCACAGAAAUUAUUCCUCAUGAACAUUAAUGAUUUUACAAUAUAGAAAAUAUAUUACUAAACUUAUUUCUAGGAUUUUUUGGAAAACAAAGAACAUAUAAAUUUCUAUGACAUUUUUACUCUCAAGGAUAAUUCAGAAAAAUGUUAAUGCUCAUUAAGGUGUUCCGAUUUUUAAUUAUAAUGUUUAAUGUUACAGAUUCAGACAGAUACAGUAAACAGUCAGGUUCAAUGCUUUUCAAGUUAUAAGAUGUCUCAAAGAAUUGUUUUAGUCGAUUUUAAGUACUUCUUAAUGUUUUUUUUUUCAUGCUGAUUUAAGCAAAUUGAACAUACUGAUACUUUCGUGUCCAGGUAAAUUUGAUGUCUCGUCUGGUCAAAUUCCUUUAUAACUCGUUAUGUUGAAAAAUGUAUAUGUUAGCUAAAUACAGAUUUGAGCUUAUGUUACGAAUAUAAGACAUAUCCAACGUUUUCCAUUUGCGAAAUAUGUUCAAAAUGUAUAUUUUAGAAAUAAUAAGUUCCCAAACGUGGUUUAUCAUAUAAUAAACCGAGGUUUGAGUUCUUAUGCGUCAGAUUAUAUCACGAAGACCGUAAGCCUGCGUUAUAUAUUAUUUCGCAUUAGAACGAAAAAUUCCGGUUAUUCUACGAUACAUCACACUUGGGAAUUUAUUAUUUCGAUUCUAACACGUCAUACUAGUAUCAACAGUGUUAGAAAAAUAUGGUAACUACCUUUUACAGAUGUGUUACGUACCUGAAUCAGAAUGGCAUCAUUUCGUGAGUGGUUCAUGAACAGGCUCAAUCAAACCGAGCCUGCAACAGUUUCGUUUUUGUUGUGUUGAGCGACCUGUGGAGUUUCCACUUUUUUUAUUUUAUUGCAGGAUAACUCGAGAUACAUUUUGCUCUACAUUAAUGUAGGUUAUUUUCUUGUCGUGUUAGAAUAAACUUUUUUGCGGUGGUUGCAUGUACAUAUAUAAGCGUGGAAAUAUUUUCAGUGAAAACGCUAGCUCCAAUUCACAUUUUUAAGUCAAGGCUGGGUUAUCUCAAAGCAAAAGGCUGUUCCUAUGAGUUUAUACUGUUUAUAGCUUACAAAAUACAUGUAAUUUAGUAUUUGUGAUGUUGAAUGAAUUUUAACACAGUUUUCUGGAGUGAUAUAUCGAUUUGUUUGCUUAAUGUAGUUUUUAUAUACUUAUUGAUUUGAAACAGGUUUCAUUUCGAUGCACUGCAUUGGAAUAAUGUUUUGACAAUAUAUUAUUUAUUUUGGUAUGGAGUAUAACAUAAUAUUCAUUGUAUAUUUCUAGCCUUCUUACUGAAGAGUUCAUAAGGCAGUUCUAUGAAUGUGCAAUCUAGUAUUUUAUUGAUGUUGUUUGUAAAAUGUCAAAACUUUUCUGUUUAGUCAGACCUGUCAUUAAUAAAACAAUUACUAAAAUGUACACUUGGGAAAAGCCUAAUACUAGGUCUUUAUCAUAGAGAAUCAUGUGCAUUUUCAAGUGAAGUUUAGUCGAAAUAGCUGUUUGUGUAAAAAGGGUGGAGGAAAUCAAUAUAGCUUUUAACGAAAUAGUAACUUUCCAAAUAUGACUUUUCUUAUUUUAACUGUGUCAGUCUCUUCUUGAAAAGUCAAACUGCAUGCAGGAGUUGCUUCCCUUAACUUUAGAAAUCUCUAGCUAUAGGUAGGAGAGAUCACUGCACAGAAAAUUGAAGAAAAAAAAACCUAUUAUGUUAUAAGUCAGAUUUCUAAAGCAUCAGCUUCAAAAACUGAUGUGGUAUCAUUGUUAAUUUAACACAUUUAACUACACAGCAACCAAGAAUGCUUUCACAAUGCACUCACAAAAACACAGUAUGUGCAUUGAGGUGUGCAUAAUGCCACUUGAACAUGUGGUCUCUAGCAUUUUAUUUUGAAUAUUUAUUAAUAUACAUAUUUGCAGCUAAAUUCAAAGAUUACAUUUGUUCUCCUACAUUUCAUGCAUAAUUUCUGAGAAAAAUCAUUUGAUCACGCUAUUCAUGUACUUUUUCGAAGUCAGAAACGCCACGAAACGCCAAACAUUUAGAUAUUAUGAAAGGUGUAUUUUUGCUACCAGAUUUAUUUACUAUGAUAGAAUUAUAAGAUAGAUUUCUAUGGAAUAUUGUUAAUACAUCCACCUGUACCUAUGCAAUAUGUGCUGGUACAUUUGUAUAACUAAUUACUCAAUCAUAUGAUAUAAAAAAUGCAAAUACAAA